AUGCUGCACAACAACGCCAUCGCGUUCAACGCUGCGGCCUUUGUCGCCAGCCUGUUCCUCCUCGAGUCCGGCGCGGACAAGUUCAUCGACCACACGGCCGCGGUCGCGCGCCGCACGGGCCUGUCGGAGACGCUCAUCGGGCUGUUGACGGCGGGCGCCGAGUGGGAAGAGCUCGCGGUAGUCGUCGCCUCGCUCGCACGCAACCGGUCCUCCCUGGCGCUCGGCAACGUCGUCGGCGCCGCGGUAUCAAACAUCCUCGGCGCGUUUUCGCUGGGCCUGUUGUUCUACCGCCGUGAUGACCACUUUCUCCCGGGUAACGACGACGACGGGGAAGUUGUGCGCUUCGACAGGAGCUCACGGAUCUACUCGCUCGUGUUACUCGUCCUGACCGCUUUCACGGCUGGCAUUGUCCAUUUUCGGGAGUCUCUGGUCUGGACCGUAGCCGGCUCGGUCUUGAUUGCGGGCUUUGGGGUGUAUGUCUCGGUGGUUGCCGUUGCGAUAGGGCGCGGUGUCCUGACGGCACCAGAGGAUUCCGACUCGGACUCUGACUCUGACACGGACUCUGACGACAGCAGCGUGCAUGGCGAGCCCGAGAGGACAGCCCACAACAACAACAACAACAACAACAACAACAACAACACGGACGACGAGGAAACACCGCUUCUACCACCGGCCCCAGCGCACGCCGCCAGGCAGACACGACACCACAACAAACUCCUGCAGCACACGUACCACCUCGUCCUGGGCUUCCUCGCCAUCUCCCUAGCGGGGUACAUCCUCUCCCAGGCCGCGACCAACAUCACCGACGCCCUGGGCCUGUCGGACGUGCUGUUUGGCGUCAUCGUCCUGGCCGUCGCGACCACGAUCCCGGAGAAGUUUGUCGCGCUGAUGAGCAUGCGCCGCGGGGCCACGGGCCACACGGGCAUCCUCGUGGCCAACUGCGUAGGGAGCAACAUCUUCCUGCUGUCGCUGUGCGUGGGCAUCAUCAUGGUUGACAGCAAGGGUGCCCUGGACGCGGGGAGCGUCACGGACGCGGAACUGCUCGUGCUGCUCGGGUCGACGCUAUGGAUGACGGCGACGGUCUGGUUCGGCGGAAGGUGGUGCCGCUGGACCGGCGGGGCCAUGUUGGCCGCAUACGUGGGCUUUAUUUUGCUCGAGUUUAUCGUGGUCCACCGUGUGUGGUAA